AUGAUGUCAGUGACUCAAUCAGAGACCGUUAAAGCACUCAGCAGAAACAUCAGUGUCAGCUUAGCAGAAAGUAAGCGGCUCGCUGCACUCCUCCUCUCCAGUUUCCAGUUCUCCGUUCAGAAACUGGAACCUUUCCUAAGUGGUACUAAAGGCUUCAAUCUUGAAAGUUUUAGAGCCAAAGCAUCUUCUAUUUCUGAAGAACUAAAACAUUUUGCAGAUAAACUAGAAAGUGAUGGAACUCUUCAGAAAUGCUUUGAAAAGCCAGAAAGAAAUAAUACAGAUAUGUCUCUGGAAGCCUCAGUGACUGAGAUGAAGAAAUACAUAGAAAAAUUUUCUUCUGAACGUCACAGUUGGGACCAGCUCUUGCUUCAUUACCAGAAUGAAGCUGAGGAGAUAUCAUCCAGAAAAUUAACUGAAGACAAAAUUGUUGAAGUUGAAGUGCAACCUACAGCAUAUCUUAAGUCUUCUCAGAAUGAGGUUCUAAAUACAAAGCCAGACUACCAGAAAAUAUUACAGAAUGAGAACAAGGUUUUUGAUUAUAUGGAGUUGGUGAUGGAUGAACUGCAAGGAUCAGUGAUGCAGCUGCAUUCCUUUAUGGAUGAAAGUACCCAGUGUCUCCAGAAGAUGUCAUUGCAGCUUGGGAAGAGAAGCAUGGAACAAGUAGAUCCUUCACCAGUUCGAAAACUACUUAAGCUUCAGCUGCAAAAUCCACCUACCACUUAUAUUCUCGAGGCGGGCGGCCUCAGCGCGCCUGCGCGGGCCCGGCAUCCUCAGCGCGCCUGCGCGGUCCCACCUCCCCCGCCCCUCUAUCUGCCGCCGACGCUGCUGCUGCUGCUGCACUAA